GAUAUCUGUUCCUUCCGAGUCUCUCUAUUUCUCAGGCAGUCAAUUUAUUUUUAAAAAAUAAAAUCUAAUCUGCGUUAAAUUUAGGAAAUUUUUUUUUGGUAAUAACUGAAAAUUUUCAUUUCAAUGUAAAAAUUAUGCUUUGAAAUUAAUUUUUUUGCUUGAGUUUUGGGCUAUUUUAUUUUUAAAUCCGGACAUGUUUUCGAUCCAGCUGAAUAACGAUGGUUAGUUGAAGCUUUGCGGAGGAUUAUCUUCAUUUCAAAUGCCUGGUGAAAACAGCUUAGGGAGUAUAGAGUUGGUUUCUGAAGAUUAAACGGAGUUAACAUUUUCCUUGUGGUGGGAAGCGUCUAGAUGAAUGUUGAUGGUGAUGGUGACAAAGGGUUACGGGAACUAAAUCAUAGGCUCUAUGAUGGUAGCAAGAGAACUACAAAUGGAGUUGUGGCUGAGGAGCACGUGAUGCUGGAGGAUGUGAAAGUUAACAAGAUUGCUCAAAAUGUGAAAGAUGGUCAUGUUGUGGCCGUUCAGGCUCCUGCUAUGCGGCAAAUAACACAGCAACAGCCUCAAAAUGCAAUGUGUUAUUGGCAGAGGUUUCUGCAUCUAACAACAGUUACAGUUCUGCUUGUAGAAAAUGAUGAUUCUACCCGCCAUGUUGUCACUGCACUUCUCCGCAAUUGCUGUUAUGAUGUUGUUGAAGCUGCAAAUGUAUUACAAGCAUGGAAGAUUCUAGAAGAUUUAACGAAUCAUAUUGAUCUUAUUUUGGCUGAGGUGGGAAUGCCUUCCUUAUCUGGCCUUGUUCUUUUGAGCAAGAUUAUGAGCCACAAAACACGAAAAAAUGUUCCUGUGAUCAUGAUGUCAUCUCAGGAUUCUAUGAAUCUAGUCUUUAAGUGUUUGUCAAAAGGUGCCGUUGACUUUUUAGUGAAGCCUAUUCGAAAGAAUGAGCUUAAGAACCUUUGGCAGCAUGUUUGGAGGAGAUGCCAUAGUUCUAGUGGUAGUGGAAGUGAGAGUGGAACACAGACUCAAAAAUCUGUGAGAUCAAAAAGUGUUGAGAAGUCUGACAACAACAGUGGCAGCAAUGAUGAGGAAAAUAACGGGAGCAUUGGUCUAAAUAUCGGAGAUGGUAGUGAUGAUGGGAGUGGCACUCAGAAUUCUUGGACAAAACAAGCGGUAGAAGUUGACAGCCCUCGUCUGGUUUCACCCUCAGAUCAAGUUGCUGAGUGCCCUGAUAGUACAUGUGCCCAAGUUGUCCAUUCAAAUGCAGAAUUAUCCGGGAACAAGUGGGUGCCAGUUGCUGCAGCAAAGGGGUGCCAAGAACAAGAUGAACAGCUUGACAAUGUUGCAGUGGGUAAGGACCUGGAUAUAGGCAUGCCUAGAAAUUUAGAUUUACAACUAGAGUGUCCAGUUGAGGUCCCAAUCAGAACAGUUGGAGCUAAACAGAUUAACCUGCUUGAUAUGAGCUCCAGUAAAUUCAGUGAACAGAUUGAGAAAAGGCAGCUGGACCUCAAUAGUGAAAGCCCAUCAAACAAACAAAAGUCUGAGGCUGCUAAUCAAACUGGAACUACAUCUAAGACUACUGAUCUUAAGAAGGAAAUUGCAGAGAAUGAGGUUUCAAACAGGCUUUCCAAGAUCCCAGAUGUCAAUGAUAAAACCAUCAAUGAUUCUAAAGAACCACCAUCUGUUGAACUUGGGUUGAAGAGACUUAGAGGUGUUAAAGAUGCUGUGACUGUAGUUAGGGAUGAGCGGAAUGUUUUGAGACGAUCAGACUCUUCAGCCUUCUCAAGGUAUAAUACUGCAUCAAAUGCAAAUAAGGUUCCCGUUGUCAACAUUGGAAGCUCGUCUGCACUUGAUAGUAAUUUAGAAUUGACAAGACAAGGAUCAGUAUGCAAUAACGAAUCUCAUUUGGUUAAUGAACUUCCCAAUCAAAGCUCAAAUGUCGGUAGCAAUAACAUUGAUAGGGGCUCCACAACUAACAAUGCUUUUGCCAAAGCAGCAGUUGAUAAGAAUAAGUCAGCUGCAUCAUCCACUGUCAGAUCUUUGCACCCAUCAUCUAUUUUCCAGCCAAUGAAAAAUGACCUUUUAAGGGCUACUCAGAAAGUUGUAUUUGACAAGGCUGAUGAUGUAUCUACUACAGCAGGACUGGCUCAAGCUAGAGGCAUUCACCACGAACUGCAAAUGCAACAUCCCUCAAACCAUUAUGAUCAACAUCACCAUCUUACUCAUGGUAUGCAACAGCAGCAGCCACCAGAACAUGAUGAUUUAUCUUUGAAAAAAUUGGCUGCAGAUGCUCCUCAUUGUGGAUCAUCAAAUGUGUUGGGUGGGCUGGUUGAAGGAAAUGCUGCCAACUACAGUGUCAAUGGAAGUGCCUCAGGUAGUAACCAUGGAAGCAAUGGGCCAAAUGGAAGUAGCAAUGCAGUCAAUACUGUAGGGACAAAUAUGGAAAGUGAUAAUGGAAUAGCUGGGAAAAGUGGAAGUGGUGAUGUGAGCGGGAGCGGGAGCGGGAGCGGGAGCGGGGGCAAAGCAGACCAGAGCAAGUCUGCUCAUAGGGAAGCUGCUUUGACCAAAUUUCGCCAGAAAAGGAAAGAGAGAUGCUUCCAAAAAAAGGUUAGGUACCAAAGCAGGAAACGACUAGCAGAACAACGACCUCGCAUCAGAGGUCAAUUCGUGCGACAAACAGUGAACAACGACCCAGCAUCCAAUUCAUGCGACGAAUAGUGAACAAGAAAAAAGCAGAACAAGAGAUAAAGUAAACCUUCUUGCUGGUACUGCAAAGAGACCGGUCUAGACUAUUUGACAAUGUUAGUCUUGAUGAACUGUGUUUUAUUGCUAUAGACCUUCCUCUUUUUUCCUUUUUUUUUUCUUUUAAUUUUAUAAUUUGUUGUUAUGAACAUAAAUUGUGCAUUAGGGGAACUGGAGAAGGUAGAAGACUUCUAAAUUAAGACCCUAUUUGAUUUGGUGUGCUGGAUUCAUGAACAUCAUUGAACAAUUGGGUGCUUUGUAAACCAUUUUAAAAUCAUGUUCUAUUGGUUAGUUUGUGGUGUUCCUUUAA